AUGCGUCUCGGAGUGACUUUCUACUGUCGUCCUGGCUUCGAAACUGCUACCCAUCGACUGGCUAUCAGAGACUUUUCUCAGCUCCGUGCCAUGAUUGAGGAAGACAGUCGAGAAGUUCUUUCGCGCAUCUAUGGACAGCUGCGGCUCCGCUCCCCAGACAUCUGUCGACCAGAAGCGCAUAUCGAAUCCAGCGUGGGAAUUCUGACUCGAUCUGAUAUUGAGAGCAUUUCGAUCAGCUAUAAGACCUGGUGCUAUGAGGCGGCCACGUUAUAUGAGAUCAGUGAGAACUCGCCAGGGCAUCGAUGUCAAAGCCAUGCCUUGACAAAUGUCGGCAUGGUCAUGGACUUGUCGAGGAACGCGAACGUGCGCAUCUUCACUGUAGCCAAUAUCCUCUUGUUUGGUUCUGGUGCGAGAGGAAGGGCGAUUUAUCAACCCUGUAUGCGGCUGGGCUCCAGAGGUAUGGGUUGUUCAGUCCGAUCUUCGUUGUAUAUCAUGCGCUACAGAAUGUCGCCUGACAUGACGCGCUUCCUCUGCCUAGCGAAGGCGCACCAGAAUAUGGAAAUAGAAGGCGCUAGGCCUUUGGCUUCGAGCCUUGCAAAAUUCAAGGAGAUAUGUGAAGAGCUCAUACUAUACCUGAACGCCACGGACCGGAGCUAUAUUGCCUUUUCGCAGAGCCAUCGAUCUAUUCCGGUUGGGUCCCAUGACUUGAUAUCAGUUGCCGUGACACUGCUGGCAAUCCUCAGCCAAGCUCAGGCGGACACGCAUCUCUCCCAGACCUUCAUGCUGCAUGCUGCCAGGCGAGGAGCCGACGUCAGGUCGCCAAAAUCCGAUCGAGGAUUGCCAUCGAUGGCAUGCCGUGCGGAUGUCGAUGCGGUCGCCAUUGUCCUGGGGCUUGAAACACUUCCACAUGUCUGCGUUGGAGCAUUCCAAGUCAAUGGGCCAUGGCCCAUGGCUCCCACCGCUGGAGUCUCUCCACGUCACCGCUGUAUGAUGACAGACACUUAUACGAUCCGUCUCCUGAUCUGCCGCUGGUUCUGA